GUUGGAGAUCGGAUUGUCAGCAUUAAUGGGCAACCUUUGGAUGGGCUGUCUCAUGCGGAUGUGGUUAAUCUGCUGAAGAACGCCUACGGGCGCAUUAUCCUGCAGGUUGUAGCAGAUACCAAUAUAAGUGCUAUAGCAACUCAACUUGAAAACAUGUCUACAGGCUACCACCUUGGCUCACCCACCACUGAACACCAUCUAGAAGACACAGAAACACCUCCACCUAAGAUUAUUACUUUGGAGAAAGGCUCUGAAGGAUUGGGGUUUAGUAUUGUAGGGGGUUAUGGAAGUCCCCAUGGAGACCUGCCAAUUUAUGUCAAGACUAUAUUUGCAAAGGGAGCAGCUGCAGAUGAUGGCCGAUUAAAACGAGGCGAUCAGAUUUUAGCUGUUAAUGGUGAGACCCUGGAAGGUGUUACUCACGAGCAAGCUGUCACCAUUCUAAAACACCAGAAAGGGACCGUAACCUUAACUGUGCUGUCGUGAGCCUUGGGUCCUGAUCACAAGACAGAUGUUGCUGUUUAGAAUAUCCACAGGAAGAUGAAGCUCUGGGUGGGAUGAAAAGCAACCUCAAUGAAAAUUUACCUUUAUUCUUACCAUCUCAUCCUCCCUGCUCAGAAGAGGAGGCUGAGGUUUCAUGUGAAUUUCCCAGAUCAACAAUGAUCUGCCUAAUGUUUCCAGCUUCUGUCACCUAUUAGUGAAAGUUAAUGGUAAAACUUAAAUGAGUCUUAGCUGUUUUGCAUUUAACACCGAUGUUUGCCAACUAGUAAUAACUGGUUCUGAUUAUAUUUGCCAAAACUGGAGUUAACAACCUCUCAUUCCUUAUACCCUUCUCUCCCCAUCCCCUACUCAUACAGAGGCUUUACAGCAACCUCACAUCUCAUUUGAUGAACAGAAACAAAUGUUAAGCAACUUGUCAUCUCACUCAUGAUUUACUUAUGCUAAUUGUCUCUUCAAGUAAGCCAGAAAACAUUAGCAGCAUAAUUAACUUACCAGUGAUCCCCAGGAUGAAAUGCCAAAUUCUCUCCUAUGGGAAAUUACUGUGUUCUCUUCUGUACAACUUAUAGCCAAAUAAGUUUCAAAUUCAUUUCUCUGGAUAGAUCUUUAUAUGUUAUCAUUGGUGAUUUUGA